GACGCAUAGAAGCAAAGUAAUGGAGAUGGAGUAGAGUUGAAUAAAGAAAUUGGUGGCAAAUGGCAAUGGCAGAGUAGGAAACUGCAUUUACUCUGGUGUCGGUGCUUUCUGUUAAACAAAUCUUCCACUGCUGCAGUGAUCAUUUUCUUCUGAAACAUGAAAGCUUCUGUCACCAAUGCCGAUUUCCCCAGAACCCCUCUCUUCCUCAAGAUCGUCUUCUUCCUAUUCGUCGCCCUCACCUUCUUCUUCCUCGGCAACCACUUCUCCGACGGCUCCCACCAGCUCAUCUUCUUCUCCGCCACCGCCGCCACCUCCGCCACCGUCACCAUAUCCCCCAACUUCAACCAAUUCUUCAACGUCUCCGCCCUAAUCGACCCCCUUCCCACUCCCACCCAAACCCCCGAACCUCCCCCCGCACCGGAGCUUCGGGACGCAAUCAAGAGGUUCGGGAUCCUCAACGACAACGGCACCAUGUCCGACGACUUCGAGGUCGGCCACUUCGACGACGACGACGACGGCGACGGCGUAACGGAGGAGCGGGGGAACGACACCGCCUCCGCUCCCAAGAAACUCGCCGUGGCCAAGUUCGCCAUGUGUCCGCGCAGCAUGAGCGAGCUUAUACCGUGUUUGGAUAAUGCCGACGCGAUUCGGAGGCUUAAGUCCACUGAGAGAGGGGAAAAGUUGGAGAGGCAUUGUCCCGAAGAGGGGAAGAGGUUCAAUUGCCUGAUUCCGCCGCCUAAAGGGUACCGUUCCCCCAUUCCGUGGCCUCGAAGCCGCGAUGAGGUUUGGUACAGUAAUGUUCCUCACAGUCGUCUUGUUGAAGAUAAAGGAGGUCAAAACUGGAUUUCCAGAGGCAAGGAUAAGUUUAGGUUUCCAGGCGGUGGUACGCAAUUUAUACAUGGAGCAGAUCAAUACUUGGACCAUAUUUCUGAGAUGGUUCCUGAUAUAAAAUUUGGGCAGAAUAUACGAGUUGCUCUUGAUGUUGGCUGUGGUGUAGCUAGUUUUGGUGCUUACUUAUUGUCAAGAAAUGUCAUAACCAUGUCUGUUGCUCCCAAGGAUGUUCAUGAGAAUCAGAUCCAGUUUGCUCUCGAGCGUGGUGUGCCAGCAAUGAUUGCUGCAUUUGCAACCAGACGAUUAUUAUAUCCAAGUCAAGGUUUUGACUUGAUACAUUGUUCGCGCUGUAGAAUUAAUUGGACUCGAGAUGAUGGUAUUUUACUACUUGAAGUUAAUAGGAUGCUAAGGGCUGGAGGGUACUUUGUCUGGGCCGCCCAGCCAGUUUAUAAACAUGAAGAAGUUUUAGAAGAACAAUGGGAAGAGAUGCUUAAUCUUACUACUCGUCUGUGCUGGAAGUUUGUGAAAAAAGAUGGGUAUGUUGCAAUAUGGCAGAAACCUACCGACAAUAGCUGCUAUCUAAACCGUGAGGCAGGAACUCAACCUCCACUGUGUGACCAAAGUGAUGACCCCGACAAUGUUUGGUAUGUUAAUCUAAAAGCAUGCAUCUCUCAAUUGCCUGAGGAUGGAUAUGGAGCAAAUGUUGCCAGAUGGCCUGCACGUUUGCAUACUCCACCUGAAAGGCUUCAAAGCAUAAAAUUUGAUGCUUUCAUAUCCAGAAAGGAGCUUUUUAAGGCUGAAUCAAAAUAUUGGGAUGAGAUAAUAGCCAGCUAUGUACGUGCUUUACAUUGGAAGAAGAUGAAAUUAAGAAAUGUUAUGGACAUGAGAGCUGGUUUUGGAGGAUUUGCAGCUGCAUUGAUUGAUCAGAACCUUGACAGCUGGGUUAUGAAUGUUGUUCCUGUUAGUGGUUCUAACACCUUGCCUGUUAUAUAUGACCGUGGGCUGAUUGGAGUUAUGCAUGACUGGUGUGAACCAUUUGACACCUACCCAAGAACCUAUGAUUUUCUGCAUGCUGCAAACCUGCUUUCUGUUGAGAAGAAAAGAUGCAACGUGUCAUCAAUUAUGCUGGAGAUGGAUCGGAUUCUAAGACCUGGUGGACGGGCAUACAUCCGUGAUACUCUUGGCAUCAUGGAUGAGCUUGUAGAGAUUGGCAAGGCUAUAGGUUGGCAAAUGACAUUGCGAGAUACAGCUGAGGGUCCUCAUGCAAGUUAUAGGGUCUUGGUUUGUGAUAAGCGCCUACUACGCGGUUGAUCUUGUUUUAUAAGUAGCAGCAGAAUAGGGUCUCACAUCCUGGAAGAUGCAAUGCAACUGUAAAUAUCACUUCCUUAUAAGCAGCAGCGUUGGAAGCUGGAAGCAUUUGUCUGUUCAUUCUUGGCAUCAGAUUGUGAGAGCUGGUUUGGUCUAGUGUGCAUGCGUCAUUUAACUUGUUUAUAAAAUUUAAUUUAUUUGUAUAUGACAAAGGUUUUAGGUCGAACAUCUAUUAUAUUUUUCACUUAUGUUUAGUCCCAACAUUACGAUUUCUAUAUAGUAACACUUAAAAUUUUGCAUUCUUCA